AUGCUGGGCGUGGGCGUGGGCGUGCGUGUGGGUGUGGGUGUGGGUGUGGGUGUGGGCGGCACGGCCAUGGUAAUGGGGCGUCGCUGUCAUCAUCCUGUAUGCCCCUGUGGUAGUGGUGGUAGUAGUGGUCGCUGUGCUUUUUCUCCCACUCUGAGCGCGAAAGCAUCGACGACUCAAGAAGCGUCGCUGCACAACAACGGUCGUCUAGGAUCAAGGCCCGCGCCAGCAAGAGGGACCGAAAAAGCGGCUUCACACACUUGCCCUUUUGGAGGUGCAUCGCGCCGGACACUGGCCGGGCACGCUGCUUUCGCGUCGCGGAGUCGGACCGCCACAGCCCAUCUCCACGACGUUGCGUAA